CCUGCAGUUUGCGGAACUAGUUCGCCCAUUUGCACCACUGCUCGCAGCCCUGGUCUGGAAAAAAAACACACAAAAGACUUGUUUUGUUGUUCUGUCCCAAAAAUGAGCUCCUGGCGAGACAGUCUCACCAGCAUUCCGGGCACAGUGGCGCAGUUGAUUAACGAGAGCGCCAGCAACCUGUUGCACGUCUCAUCCUCGCUGGGAUCAACAGUUGGCCUUGGAGGCUCGGGCUCCACUGGAUCUGGAUCCGAGGGCGGGGGCAGCGAGGAAAGUGGCCCACAAAGUGCAGAGUACAGGGCGUUGCCCAUUCCCGCCUCCUUGGUGCGCGAGCAAUGGCGCCUAAUCUUCACCAGCGAUGCCAAUAUCCAGGAUCUCCAGGCGGCCAUUGCCCAUUGCAGGGAUCUCGUCCUGCUGAGCGAGGAACUCAGCGAGGAGCGUCGCUGGCUGGUGCGACACUUGGUGGAUCUGCGCUACUCGCUGCAGGAACUGGAGGAGGCCCAGGAGCAGCAUUCCCUGGCCUCAGACAUGGUCGUCAUGAAUGCCAUUCGUGCGGUGGUGGGUCAUCAUUUUGUGCCCCACCAUCCGCAUCACGGCAAACGGAAUCGCCUGCAGGCAGCCGCCAAGAGGCACUACUGUGACCACUGCACCACCAUUAUUUGGAGCGUGGUGCAGAACUCGUACGUGUGCAGCGAUUGCGGAUUCUUGGUCCAUCAGAAGUGCAUCGAUAGCGUCAAGAGGGUUUGUGCCCAUGUUCUGGUUUCAGAGCGCCAGCAUCCCAUUUCGGAGAUAUGUCCAGAAAUCGGUCUUGCCUCCCAGGGGUACAAGUGCGCCGAAUGCGGAACGAUGCUCAAUAUAAAGAAUACCUGGAUUGAGCCACGCUUAUGCGACUACAGUGGGUUGUACUACUGCCCUCGCUGCAACUGGAACGAUAGCAACUUUAUACCAGCCCGCAUUAUCCACAAUUGGGAUUUUUCACCACGCAGAGUUUCGCGCACAGCGCUCCAAGAGAUCAGGUUGUUCCUAAACAAACCGCUCAUCCGCUUGGAGGAGGACAAUCCCAAGCUGUUUGUGUUCGUAGAAAAGUUGUGUGCGGUAAAGAAACUGCGCCAGAACCUGGUGCAUAUGCGCCACUAUCUGGCUGCCUGCAAGAUCGCCAGCGAGUUGAAGCUGGUCGAUCAGCAACUAGGCGUCAGGAGACAUCUGGCCCAGUCAAAUGAGUUCUAUUCCCUAAAUGAUCUCAGCCAGGUGGAGUCUGGAGCGCUCAUUGAAUUCCUACAAGGAGUUUUCAAGGCAUUUAAUGAUCACAUACGAUCCUGCCCCAUGUGCCUUGCCCAAGCGUACAUCUGCGAGAUUUGUAGCAACAACGAGGUCAUCUUUCCCUUUGACGAUGGCUGCAUCAAGUGUGAUCAGUGCAAUUCCAUCUUCCACCGAGUUUGCCUCACGCGCAAAAAUAUGAUUUGCCCCAAGUGCAUCCGCAUCCAAGAACGUCGCCUUCAAUUGGAUCGCAUGAAGAGCACCGAAGAUGAUGACGGGGUGGCCACCGAUGAUGACGUGACUCCCGCGGAAUAACUGAUCAAAUCAGAGUUCAUUGUGCUGUGCUGGUUUUUAAUAUGUUAUCAUAUGUACAUAGAAUGUAACGUUAAAGUGUAUAACUAUA